CGAGGCUACCUGAAGGAAAUGGCCACUUCCCGCUUACCACCGGCGACGCUAACGCUAAAGCAGUUCAUGAGAAGGCAACAAGUUCUCCUUCUCUACAGGAGGAUUUUGCAAGCAAUUCGGGAAGUUCCAAAUGAUUCUGAUCGAAAAUACCUGAAGGACUGGGCAAGGGAAGAAUUCAGAAGAAACAAAAGUGCCACCCAAGAGGAUACAAUACGGAUGAUGAUUACUCAAGGCAAUAUGCAGCUCAAAGAGUUAGAAAAAACCCUUGCUUUGGCAAAAUCUUAACUAUAGCAUUAUUCUGAAAGACUUUCAAAGUUUCCAUGUGUAUUAUUGAGCUAAUUAGACUCAAUGAUGAGCAGCCUAAAAGCAAGUCAAACUGUACAGUACUUGGGAAAAUGUCAGAACAUGGAGCAUGGCAUGUCAAAGCAAACAAAAGCACAUCAGAACAAUUGCCUUAACACUGAAAAACACACCCUGCGUUUUGAAAAUGUUUUUGGAUGUGUCAGUUCAAGCAGCAAAAACCAGUACAAGUGGUCAGCACUUAAGAUGCUCAACACCAUUAACCCUCUGGGAAAUGCAAAUUAAAACCACACUGAAACAGUACCACAUCCACUGGAAUAAUUAUAAUUAAAAACAGUUAAGCAAAUGUUGGUAAAGAUGUAGGGAAACUGGACCCCUCAUACAUGCUGUGGGAAUAUCAAAUGGCACAGCCACUUGGAAAACAGACUGUCAGCUGCUUAAAAGAUUAAGUUACCAAACAGUUCAGCAGUUUCCUCCUAGGUUUAUAACCAAGAGAACUGAAAAUCUUUCUAUAAGAAAACUUGUACAG